ACAAAGAAGAAACGUAGAAAAGAGAAUCUUCAGGUUCAGGAAGACGAGACGAAGGGCCUAAAAUACGCCGGGGGUGCGCAGCCGUUAUCAUACGCACAUGUCUGCAAGGAAAAUUGAACCCGCCCAAGAGGUCGAAAAGAGGAGGGAGAUGGAUAAUUGGGCUGACCACAACAACGACACCGUAGGGUACAACUACAAGGUGUCACCAACACUUAUGAUGCAGCAGAAGAUAUUUAUCUUUAUGCCUCCUCUUCUGUUGCUUUACCUUUCUCCUCAUCUUCGUAACCCUAGCCCUAACCCUAAAUCUAACUCUACAACCCUGAUUCUCACUCUGGGUCUCCUCAUUAUACCCCCAAUUUCUCCUCACCAAUUUGACCAGACCAUUGGUUCAAACCUACCAAGAUACCUUUUAACCCUUACCUUCUCUCUACCCUCCGCAAUCUGUUUCUAGGUCUGUUUGGGUUCUCUUGACGGUGGUUUCGAGGUUUUUGGUGAAUACCCACAAGCGAAUCUACGUUUUUGGUGUAAGCUUUUUCUGCAAAUAUGGAAAGCUUUCAAGGUUUUGGAUUCGGUGAUGUGAGCAAAGCAAUGAGAAAGAAGAGGAGUAAUGCAUUUCGGCGUCCUCGGAAUGAAUCUCAGCCCUUGCCAGAUUAUCGUGACAAUUCAUCAUUGUCAUCUACACCACCCUCUGACAAUGUGAGCAAAGCAUCAAGUGAUGACGAUAUUGGCCAUGGUACACAUUCUCGGAGAAAAGAACAGAGUUUGAACCAAUGCAGUUCAAGGGCUUCGUCUACUUACCUUGCAGAAGCGGAAAUGGACCUGAAGAGCAACAACAAAGAUGGAAGAUUCAGGGAGUCCAGUGAAACCCACAUCAAAGGCAAUAGUGAGCAGAAGCAUGGUGGGAUUGAUUCCAAAAUGUGUGUUGAGGGUGUCCGUUCCCCAGCUAAUUGGAAAAGCACAAGCAAGGUGGCAGAAAAUCUCAAAUUGGAGUCAAAAACAAAAGAUACCCAAACAAGUGGAAGGAUGAGUGGUGGUUACAGUUCCAAUCAAUCAGGAGUAGCUUCAGAUGUACUUGGAAAUGAUAAUAAACUUAAAAAGGUAAAGCUUAAGGUUGGCGGUGUUACACGUACAAUCCAUCCUACAUCCACAUCUGAUGGUACAUCCGUGGGUGGGACAUCUUCAACAAAAUCUUAUCGCUCUUCAGAUGCUCCUCGUCCUCGACCGAAGCUUAUUCUUCAGGAUUCGGAUGAGGAUCAUUCCCCUUCCCCGGACAAGGGAAGUGGUUUGCGAGGAGUUCCAUGGAAGGAUUUUAGUAAAAGUGGAUUCAGUGUCAAGAAAAUGGAUUCUUUAAAAAGAAGGAUGUCUGAGGACAGCGUCUCUACCAAGCAGUCUAACAGCAAUGAGGCAGUUCGUAAGAGCAAGCGUGUCCCUAAAAGACGGUCGUUAGGUGGAGGGUUUGAUGAUGAAGAUGACGAUGAGGAGAUCCGAUACCUUGAAAAGCUCAGAACCUCCAAACUUACUGCUAAUGGUGCAUAUGAUGAUGAAGAGGAUAUGGGAAGCAGGAAGCAAAGAAAGAUUUCAAGGGUAUUGAACAAAACUGUUGAUGGUGGGUACAAUGUAGAUGCAGGAGAUUAUGGCUUGUCAAGAUCAAGCAAGGAGGGAAGAAGAGCCAGAUCAGGGAGAACAUAUGAAGAUAAUGAUUAUGAGGAAGAGGAUGAGCCACAGUCUGAUGGUGAGCUUGAAACUAAGAGGAAGAAUCAAAAAAAAGAGUUUGUGGAUGUGUCAGGGGAUCCAAAGAGGGAAGUGUCAGUUACUACACGCCAACGGGCCCUUCAAACUGGCAAAGACAUCUCUUCAAGAUCUGGUGCAAGUUUAAUCGAGUACCCAGAUGGGUUACCUCCUGCUCCGCCUAGAAAGCAAAAGGAGAAACUCUCUGAAGUGGAGCAACAACUGAAGAAAGUUGAGGCUGCACAGAGACGUAGGAUGCAAAUGGAGAAGGCAGCUCGCGAGUCAGAGGCAGAAGCAAUCAGAAAAAUAUUGGGCCAAGAUUCCAGUAGGAAGAAACGGGAGGAUAAAAUUAAGAAGCGACAAGAGGAAAUAGCGCAGGAGAGGGCUGCCAAUGCUAUGACACUUCCAUCAAACACUGUUAGAUGGACCAUGGGUCCCGCUGGGACAGUCGUGACAUUCGCCAACGAAUUGGGUCUGCCAAGCAUAUUUAAUCCCAAGCCUUGCAGUUACCCUCCUCCGCGUGAGAAAUGUGCUGGUCCGUCUUGCACAAAUCCAUACAAGUACAGGGAUUCAAAGUCAAAACUUCCCCUUUGCAGCCUUCAAUGCUACAAGGCAAUACAUGAAAAGAUGCAGCCCGUGACAACCUGUUGAUGAGUAGGCGUUUUCGUAUGGAUAGUUCUUCUUGUUUAUGUUAUCAUCUCUUGUAAUGUGAAUUUUGGUGGAGGGCUUAUGCUUAUCUCAUUGCUGAGAGCUGUUAACUGGAUAGGUUCAUUGCUGCGUCUGCAUUUGUAAAUAAAAUGUAUUUUUUACUUGAUUCUGCAUUUUAGUUGUCAUCAAUACGUUUUAUUACUCUCUUGGUGGAUGAUGAGGCUGGAAUUUUCAGACCACUUGGAGAUGAAUUUCACUAUGAAAUGUGUAGUUUGAACUUUUGAAAUGAUUACAUAAGAGUGUCUUUUGUUAUCACUUGAAAAUUAGUUUUUCAUUUAAGAGGAUUA